GCCACAUCUUUGAAGUUCAUGAAAUCACUAGGGAAGAAAAUCAUCAAGCACUGAGAACAAUGACUGCCCUGUCUAACAGUACUGCCUCAUACCCCUUCCUUUCUGAACCAUUGGAAGAAUACAUCCAAAGAGGCAACCAUUCCUCAAGUGCUGUAGCUCACAGUGCUGGUGGUGAGUUGGAAGCCCUGUACAUCCUCAUAGUGCUUGGUUUCUUUGGCUUCUUCACCUUGGGCAUCAUGCUGAGCUAUGUGCGCUCCAAAAAACUGGAGCAUUCCCAUGAUCCAUUCAACGUAUACAUUGAAUCAGACAUAUGGCACAAGAAGGACAAAGCAUAUUUCCAAGCCAGGAUCCUGGAAAGCUACAAGGGAUGCUAUAUCAUUGAAAACCAGUUUGUGGCUGAACAGCCCAAUAUAUACAUUCCAGAAGAAAAGCCCUUGACCUGA